AACAUACGUUAAUCUUCGGUGUCCCCCUAUUCCCGCAUGCCAACAAGGGAGUGAAAAAGUUUGGGGGCGGGGCAUGUGCUUUUGCUCCUCCUCUUUGUCAUCUCUGCUGCUUUUAGGUAGCAAGUAAACAGCUCGGCGCCAAUCUUAUCAGCUUGGCGCAGCCUUUCAACCGUGUUGUUGUUGCUCUCCCUGGUAUCUGAAGCCAAAACGGGACAAGCCCCCCCCGCUUCGGGGACUGAAGUGGUGGUGCAGAUGCGCGCUGGCGUGUUUCACCUCAUGUUGUGCACAGGCGAGACGGCGACGGAGUUUUUAUUCACAGAGAAGACGGGAGGAUGACAUGUGAUCGCCUGAGACGAUUGUUGGCACUUUGGAGCGUUGCGAGCGCCAUGAGGGUGGCUUCCGGUCUCCCAGGCCCGCCCGAUUUCCAGAGCAAAGUCUCUCUCGUGCUGGAAAAGGAGCCGGAAACCCCCAAAUGCUUUACAGACAGCAAAAAGGACUUCACCUGCUUCUGGGAGGAAGACGAGGAGAGGGUCGGCUCUGCGGAUCAGUAUUCCUUCACAUACGCCUACCGAAAAGAAAAUAGCAGCAAAUGCCCACUGACGGUCCAUUCGCGAGGGGAGAAGACGCUGUUCAUCUGCCACCUGAAUCAAGCGUCCAUGUUUGAGCUCAUGGACAUUCAAAUUCAUCGCGAAGGAAGGCUGAUCCACAAUCGAAGCCUUCUGGUUGAACUUUUUUUUCUGCUGGACCCGCUCGCUAACGUGAGCGUGAGUGCCAUGGGUCAACAGGGUCAGCUCAAUGUCAGCUGGGUACCUCCUCCUCUUAGACACAUGGAAGACAGCUUGAUGUACGAGGUCUCCUACGCCAUGGCUGGCAGCCGUGAGGUGCAGGUCGAGGUAGUACGAGCCACUUCCAGGGUGAUCUUAAGGGGCCUACAGCCAGGCACAAAGUACAAGGUGCGGGUUCGGACCAAACUGGAUGGAAUUAGCUAUAAUGGCUUCUGGAGUAUGUGGAGUGAUCCGGUGUUGGGGGAGACGGCGCCUGCAGAAUUCAACCUACUCAUCGUCUUCCUAAUCCUCACCAUGGCUUUCAUCCUAAUGGUGCUGUCUUUCACUGUGCUCGUGUCCAAUCGCAGGUUUCUGAAAAGGACGAUUUGGCCGACAAUCCCGACCCCCGAGAGCAAGUUUCAAGGCCUUUUCACUGAUCACGGUGGAGACUUUCAGGAGUGGUUGAAACAUACGAACGGGGGCUUGUGGUCCAGCCCGGCCUCGUUCUACAAUGAGGAAUACUCCACUUUUCUGGAGGUUCUCUCAGAGCUAAACCCGGACCCCCCGUACCCCCCACCACCUCUACCACCCAAAAUGUCCGGCGCUCCCACGCUGCGACGCGCGAAGGAGGAGGAGGUGGAUUUGGCGCUGAGAAAAAUGCCCCGCAAUCACUGGCUGAUGGAAAACCUCAGGGUGCCGAACCAAGGCCCGCUUCCUUGUUCCCAGUCUUCUCCGCUGGAGUCUCAGGAUACUUACGUCAGCCUGACCGGGAACAACCACGGCCAAGUCGCUCGCACCCGUGAGGCGUCUUUGCCCAUCGAAGCGCUUUUGGCCUUGAAAAAGACAAUCCUGUCUGAAGUUCACUGAGCUGGGUCCGUCAUUUUUGCUCCAGCACCCGACGCACGUUCACGAUGGGGUGCAGCCCCAUCAAUCGAGCACGUUCUUCAUAUGCCUGCUCAAGGAUGACGCUUCCUGCCAAUGUACUCACUUGUCCAGGAUGACCUCGGUCGGGCAAGACAUUCGUCCGAACGGAUGGGAACUGAGACGGGCCCAAAGCUACUUGGAUCGUCACCCUUCUCGUCGGCGGCAUCCAAAUGAUGAACUUCGAAGGACCUGCUCCAGGAAUGAGUAAAGUCUUUGUGAUCCCUUAAAAGUCCUUACAAAUGCUUGAAUAUGAGGCAAUACGUCAACAUUUCAGCUUUAAUUUGUUGUUAGGGUAUUUGCUGUACAUGUCGAUUGGAUACGUAACUGACAAGACAAGAGCAUGGGAAAAAACACAUUUUGAGGUGAACUUAUCUUAUCUUAUCUUAAAGUAGACUAACCAACUGUUAUGUAUUGACAUGGCCAAAUGUGAUUUUUGGAUGCCUUGUAUUAAUGUUCAUGUGUUUCGUGGAAUCACAGUACACGUUUUCCACUUCUUGCCUCUGGUGAACUCCUUUGUGGUUUCAGUUCAUCCCUAGUUGAGGCAGGUGUUCUCAAACUAACUGAAACUCCAUCAAGCCAUCAGGAGAGAUUGACAACUGCCACUCCUGUGCCAAACCCGGCUUGACCUCAGUGUCUUCGGGGCAAGGGUCGAGGGUGAUACCGGUUCCCGAAAAGUAAACGUGCCACACCUCAUGCAGCCCGGCUGCUGCAGCUUUGUAGCUUCCGUCUUGGUCCAGAGUACAUCGUACUUGAAAGUAGCGGUCCAAAGUCUCGAGAACUUGAUCCGAGACAGAGAAUUGUCCGCUUUGCUCUUUUGGCUUGUAAGAGGCGAUGACGCGACAUGGGGCGGGGCUUGAGGUCUGUCGCUCAAGGAGGCCAGUGAGAAAAGUCGCAGUGUCGCACAACAACGCCGAGAGGUGUGCAGCGCAGGAGUGCUCAACGCCGUGGCUUUCGCCUGCGGGUCCGCGCAGAAAGUCCUCCAGUCUGUCGACGAUGAUCAGUGAUGGAGGGACGGGAAAGUUGUUGGUGGAUUCAUGAAGGCCCGCCACUUGCUGGAGCAACUCCUCCAAUGUCCUCGGGUAGCAGAAUUUGAUUUGCUUGCAAAAAAAAAAAAAAAAUGAAGAAAGGAAUUAGCAUAAUUGAGCUGCUGCUAAGGACAUGUUGCAAGAGCACAGUUUUUGGACUAAAAAUAAAAACAUGGAGAAAU